AUUGAUCCAUUCAGCAGCCAUCAGCGCCCCCUCCCUCUCCAUCCCCAUCCCUGCUGACCCUGCAGGCUGCAGCUGCAUAUCAUCUUAUUCCCCGCAACAACCUGUACAUAUAUGCCUUGAUGCAUAUUUGGGCCAGCACAACAAUAGCACUAACAAGUCUCAAAAGGUUUAGCAAGCUACAAGACCUAUCUCCAACAACCAGGUAGCAACAGGAGAUGUCCAUAUAAAGCCCUGCCAUUCUCAGAGCUCCAAGAUGGAGGACCAGGGAUCACACAUGGCCGGAUCGCCGUACCGUCUUCCACAUCGCCGGUUGAUGGAUACAGCACCUGCUGCAAGUGCAAGCGAACCAGGGCACUCGAGAUCCAAUGGGAUGCAUAUAAUGGUCUCAAUUCUGGUGGUGGUCAUCGCCUGCACUCUCCUCUACUGCGUGUACUGCUGGAGAUGGAGGAAGCGGAAUGCUGUCAGGAGGGCUCAGAUAGAGAGCCUGAGGCCGCUGUCCAACUCAGACUUGCCCCUGAUGGACCUGUCCUCCAUCCAUGCGGCCACCAACAAUUUCUCCAAGGAGAACAAGCUCGGCGAAGGCGGUUUUGGGCCUGUUUAUAAGGGUGUUCUGGGCGAAGGCGCAGAGAUCGCUGUGAAGCGGCUGUCAGCGAGGUCGCGGCAGGGCGCGGCGGAGUUCCGGAACGAGGUGGAGCUGAUCGCCAAGCUGCAGCACAGGAACCUGGUCAGGCUGCUGGGCUGCUGCGUGGAGAAGGACGAGAAGAUGCUCAUCUACGAGUACCUCCCCAACCGAAGCCUCGACGCCUUCCUCUUCGAUACUAGAAAGAGUGCUCAGUUGGCCUGGAAGAUGAGGCAGAGCAUCAUCUUGGGGAUCGCUCGCGGCAUUCUGUACCUCCACGAGGACUCCUGCCUCAAGGUUAUCCACAGGGACCUCAAGGCCAGCAACGUGCUCCUCGACAACAAGAUGAACCCUAAGAUCUCCGAUUUCGGCAUGGCCAAAAUCUUUGAAGGGGAAGGCAAUGAGGUUAACACCGGGCACGUGGUUGGCACAUACGGGUACAUGGCUCCUGAAUACGCAAUGGAGGGCGUUUUCUCGGUGAAGUCAGACGUGUUCAGCUUCGGGGUUCUGGUGCUGGAGAUCCUCAGCGGGCAGCGGAACGGCGCAAUGUACCUUCAGGCGCACCAGCAAACCUUGAUCCAAGACGCCUGGAAGUUUUGGAACGAGGACAGGGCGGCGGAGCUCAUGGACGCGUCGCUGGCGGGCUCGUACUCGAGGGACGAGGCGUGGCGGUGCUUCCACGUCGGGCUGCUGUGCGUGCAGGAGAACCCAGACCUCCGACCGACCAUGUCCAACGUCGUGCUCAUGCUGAUCAGCGACCAGAUGCAGAUGCCGGCGCCCGCGGAGCCGCCGCUGUUCGCGAGGCUGAAGAAGGUGUCCGUGUCCGAGUUCUCGCUGGCGAUGAAGACCGAGACGACCAAGACGCAGUCCGUCAAUGACGUGUCCAUCACCAUGAUCGAGCCACGAUGAGGAUCUUGCCUUUUCUUUUUUGAGCUUUUGAUAAGUGUCGGUCACGGUUGAAAUGUCCACACGCAACGAUGAGGAGGUUGAGAGAAAAGAUAGAGAAACAAACAGCGGCAUCGACAUAAGAAAUCCUUGGGAGCAGGCAAGAUUGCUUCAUUCUUUCAGCAAGGCCAGCAAGCACUUUGUAAAUACCGUGCUCUUCAGUAAUAUGUUGCAAACUGUGUUCGCGCAGAAAAGUUUUUUUCUUUAA